AUUUUAAAAUUGUGUUAUUUCAUUCAUUGUCAGAAGUGGGAGCUAUACGUCUUGAGCAGUCUAGGCUGGGAUUUAUCAUCCGUGACCCCCUUGGAUUUUUUGGAGCUUUUUAUCAUUAAACUUUCUGUAAGAUGUAAAGUUUUUUCUGGCUUAAACAUCAACACAGUACGCAACAAUGCUCAAACUUUUAUAUAUCUUGCCGCUAAAGAAUAUAGAUUUUCCAAGUAUGCGGCAAGCAUAAUUGCAGCGUCAAGUAUUGUCGCAUCAAUGAAUAACCUCAAAUGGCAAAUUUGUACGGAUGAUAUCAUACAGUUUCCUUUUAACUUUUUGACCGACUCGACAAGUGUAAAACAGGAUCAGCUUCAGCAGUGCAUACUGCAAAUGAACGUCAUAUAUAAAGAGCAGAGUCAUAAGUUUUAACCGUUCUUUCUCGACGAUUCUCACCGUAACCAAUAAAUGGAUAUUGUAAUAGCUUAUGAACCAAUUCAGUGUCUUCAAAGCAUAUUAUAAUCACCUAGAAGCGCGAAUCGCAGAAACAACCACAGAAGGAUUUGC